ACCUCUUCCACGGCUGAUUGCAUAAGGGCGACUCGAACCGCUCAGAAAUCGCGUCAGCGAGAUAAAAAAGCGUCGACCGCCGCGCAGACGCUUCAAUUGAUCACGCGUCGUUGUCCCAGUCCAAGCCAAAAGACCAGCUUCGUCAUCGGCCCACACAGUUGAGCUUGAGAUAUAAGCCAUUAAAACAGCAUAGAAAGACAAAAUGCAAAUCAUUCGUUCAAGUGUGCUUCUUCUCGUGGGCAUAUGCUUCUUGCUCCUCGUGCGAAAUGCCUCAGCCGGAAAAGUCAAAUUGCUGGCCUUUAAGGGACCACACGCAGGAUUUGUGGGCCUGAAGGUUCGCACUCCCAAGCUGCUGGGCCUGAAGAGCGGAUUGGUGGGUGGAGCAGCUGGAUUUGGACUCGGAGCAGCUGUGGGCGCCAAGCUGGGCGCCGGAUUGGCCAGCCAUGCCGGUGGAGGCGGCCUCGGAGGCGGUUACGGAGGAGGCUAUGGCGGAGGAUUCGGCGGAGGACACGGCGGAGGUUUCGGCGGUGGAUACGGCGGAGGAUACGGCGGUGGAUAUGGUGGCGGCUUCGGAAGGAGCAGCGGCUAUGAGCACCACGAAUACCACCAGGAAAGCCAUUACAGUGAAGGAUCUGAGAUCGGGGGUGGAAAUAUCGGAGGCGGCUCCUGGGGAAAAUAGGUCCAUAGGUCCUUAAUAAUGUUAUUAGGUAAUUUUCAUGUCCUUGCCAUCACAAUGAAACAUUAUUGUUAUUUAGUUUUAAUUCAUUUGCCCAUUUACCUAGGUAAAUAAGUAAUAAAAUGCGAAAACUGUAAUAAAA